AUGUCGUUGUUUGAUUCAUCAUUUAGAGCCACAUCGAUGGUAGUCUCCCCUCAUCGGUAUGGUUUAUUUAAUAAGAGAAAUGAUGAGGAUGAGGAUAGUGUUUUUGGAGAACGUAUUGAGGUUGAUUAUGAUACAGAUAGUGCCUCAUCCGAAGAAGAGAGUUAUGGAAGUGGACCAAGAAGUUUCAUCAGUACAAAAAGCUCAAACGGAGAGUCAUUGAUACUCAAUGAUGGUGAUUCCAGUGCCUUGGAUUUAACCUCUAGCUUGGACUUGGAGAGGAAGAGUCCUGCUUCUCCUCUAUUUAAAUCCAUCCUCAAUACAUCACCUCAACAUUAUAAUCCAAAGAAUGAUCCGAGUACCACCUCUUUAGGUUUACCAGCACAUAUAAUUGUUUCUAAGAAUUCAAGUGAGGAUGAUAUUAAAACAACAACGAAAACAAUUGAGGAUGAAGAUUACGCAUGUUUUCGUUUACUAGGAUUGUACAAACAUCAGGUCACCCCACAUGAUUUGCUGCUGAAAUUAUUCGAUAUUUUUGGAAGUACAGAUUAUACUGACAAUACUAUUGAAGCUAAGAAGAAAUUAACUUUCAGGUCUGCAGCUAUUGCAGUUACAAUGUCUGCAAUGCUCAAAUCAAAACAACCACAACCAGAAUCUGGCUCUGAACACAGACAUCACUCAAAACAUGCAGCAGCAAUUAGUAAUAUUCACAAGAAAAUUAGAGAAUCUAUUAAUGGAAAAACAGGGGAUGACAAGGGUUCACCACAAUAUUUGGAAAAGGUCAGGAAAAGAAUUGGCUAUGUUCCUAAGAAGCAUAUGAAAAUGAUGAUGAAGCAAGAGCAAGAGAAAAAGGAGGUGAAAAAGGAUAAUAAUAUUGAGGACGAAACAUUUAAUAAGUACAAAAUUUUGCAAAACCAACAUCAAAAACAAAAGAACAAGUACAGUAAUGUUAAAAAGAGAAUCAAAUACUUGAAAUUUAAGAAUAUUAUGUUGGAAUCCACUAUUUAUAUGAAAGAUAAGAAUAAUUCUUUAGAGUCCGUACUUGGUUACUCAACUAAGGUUAUUUACGAGAAUCCAUUUAUUGAUUUCAAUACAUGCCUAAACCAUAUAACUACACUGGCAAAGAUUAGAUUUCCUGAAAUGGAGAAAAAUUCUUUAGAAAUGUGCUCAACCAGUCUUCUUUAUCCUUAUGUUUUAAAUAUGAUGAAAAGAGCUCUGAAAUUAGUGAAUAAUUUCUCAAAAUGGAUAACAGACGAUCCCAACGUUUCAUCUUUAUUCCAUUAUUAUAGACCUCCCCUUCUAAGGAUUUUUAACUUAUUUAUCAAAAUGGAUAAUGAAGAAAAACAAACUGAAGCUGUGGAUAUUUUUAAGACAAACAACACUAUGAAUAUUGAUGCAUUCCUCAAUUUUUGCACUGUAUUUUCAAUUACACCAAAUAUGAUUCCUGAACAAGUGGCAAAAAAGAUAUUCCACAAUAUUCUGAAAGAGAAACACAGCUCGUUUCUUUCUAAAAAAUCAUCCAAUCAGAUUAGAACGGUGGUAAUUGGAGAUUUUCUUGAAAUUUUGGCUAGGCUGGCUAGUAACUUUUCGUAUCAAUUUGAGGAUCUAUUGAAACAAUGUCAAUAUUUAUUGGACCAUUUAGAGGAGAAUUAUUAUUUGUUGUUUGGCGAGUACAUGUCAAAGGAAAGGAAAAGAAGCUAUCUCACUAAGAAUCAACCUGAAAACAAUCUCAAUAUAACAAAAUCUAGCUUUGAUGAAGCCACCAUCCUCAGAAAGAAAUCCGUAUCUGUGAACAGCUCAGUAGAUUUCUAUCAAACAACUACAGCCCAUGUAGAAGAAAAGAAAAUACCCUCUAUACUAAGAACUGUAAAUACACAAAGGAGUGUAAAAAAGCCUCCAAAGAGGGAUUUUAUCAAAACCGAACAAGACUUGGUUGACUAUAUUGGUGAGGAUAGAUUCAGAAUGAUGGAUAGUAGCAGAACUCUGCACAAGGUUUUUGCUCUGUAUUGUAAGGAUAAGCAAGGCAAUUGGUCUUGUAAAGACUUUCUUAACUUUCUGGAAGAUUAUGCAAUCGAUAAGAGAAUUAAGAAAUUUCAACAAUUUCUAAAUCUAAGAUAUGAAGACGAAGAACUGUUCGACGAUUUGGGUCUUCCAGUAGUCGAUGAAAGAUAUCUUACCGCUCAGUUUAAAUCGAAAUCAUUUGACAGCUCUCUUUCAAGAGUUAAGCUGUACGCUCUUUUCCAUGAUGUUUAUGAAGAGAAGGUUAAGUCACUCUCUUCAAAAGAUACAUUUUCUUUAUUCCUUGAUAGAGUAUUUAGUAAGAGUAAUUAUCUCAAAGCUGUAGAAAAAGUUAGAGAACGAAAUUUACAAAAGAUGAAGGAUCCUUCUUCAAUCCUCGAGACAUCUAAUCCCAACACCUCUGUUUCUUCUUUAAAUUUAAGCUCGAUUUCACUAAAUAUGAGCUCUAGCUUAAUAUCCAUAGAGCGUGUUCGACCUUCGACAUCAACAAGCAUUUCAGCGCAAGAGAGUCGCCAAUUCUUCACAACCAGAGUUUUCAGACAAUUCAACUUGUUGAAGGGAUGUAAAAUUGUAGCAUAUGUGGAAAACAGAAAGGGUUGUGUAAUGAAAUCAGAUAAUGGUAUUUUGCCAACCUCAUUUGAUUUGAAUAUGGUAAUCAAAGACAAAUUUGUGGAGCGAGAGUUGCUUUCUCAUCUAACAGUUUGUGAAACAUUUAAUCAACUUGUAGAUAGAUUACUCAUGAUUGGAUACGAUAUACAAAGUAAGUGUGGAGAUCACUGCAUUCAAGGAAGUAUUAAGUGUUUGAGAUUUUGUAAGAGAAAGACACUCGACCCUGUUGGAUGUAUUUUUGAAAUGAAAGGUCAAUUCUCAUCCCUUCUCUAUCAACCCACUCUCGGUGAUUUAAUUAGAACUGAUUGUGGUCUGACAUUGUAUGACUUAGACCCUUCCAACAUUUUAUUUAACAAUCUUUUGAAACUUUACAAGGAAAGCAUUUGUAUUGAUGAAUUAACUCAUGCAAUACGUGAUUUAGGUUUUGACAUUGUCAAUGUUAAAUUUUGUUGA